UACACGCUAAGCACCGGCUGUUCCCUGUCCACGUUCCGCAGCCUCGAGUCUUGUGCUGUCGCCCCGUCCCCUUGCGCCUCGGCCGGCCAAGCACCGGGCCCCCUCAGCGGGCGCCAUGCAGCGGCCGCGCCCUGCGCUCUGGGCCGCAGCGCUGACCACGCUGGUGCUGCUCCGCGGGCCGCCGGUGGCGCGGGCCGGCGCUGGGUCGGCGGGCUCGGGCCCCGUGGUGCGCUGCGAACCGUGCGACGCGCGUGCACUAGCCCAGUGCGCGCCUCCGCCCGCCGCGCCCGCGUGCACCGAGCUGGUACGCGAGCCGGGCUGUGGCUGCUGCCUGACGUGCGCGCUGCGCGAGGGCCAGCCGUGCGGCGUCUACACCGAGCGCUGUGGCGCCGGCCUUCGCUGCCAGCCGCCGCCUGGAGAGCUGCGUCCGCUGCAGGCGCUGCUGGACGGCCGCGGGCUCUGCACCAACGCCAGCGCCGCCGGCCGCCUGCGCGCCUACCUGCUGCCCCCGCCGUCCGCGCCAGGAAAUGCCAGUGAGUCAGAGGAAGACCGCAGUGCCGGCAGCGUGGAGAGCCAGGCCAUUCCCAGUACUCACCGGGUGCCUGACACCAAGUUCCACCUCCCCCACGCCAAGAUAGACGUGAUCAAGAAAGGCCAUGCCAAGGACAGCCAGCGCUAUAAAGUCGACUACGAGUCUCAGAGCACCGACACCCAGAAUUUCUCCUCUGAGUCCAAGCGGGAGACAGAAUACGGUCCCUGCCGUCGAGAAAUGGAGGACACAUUGAAUCACCUGAAGUUCCUCAAUGUGCUGAGUCCCAGGGGUGUGCACAUUCCAAACUGUGACAAGAAGGGAUUUUAUAAGAAAAAGCAGUGCCGCCCUUCCAAAGGCAGAAAGAGGGGUUUCUGCUGGUGUGUGGACAAGUACGGGCAGCCUCUGCCGGGCUACGAUGCCAAGGGGAAGGAGGAGGUGCAGUGCUACAGCAUGCAGAGCAAGUAGACGCUGCUGAAUUCACGUGGAGCUCAAAUGCGCCUUAUUUUGCACAAAAGACUGCCAAGGACGUGAUCAGCAGCUGGCUGCAGCCUCGAUCUAUAUUUCUUUUUGUGGUGAACUGAUUUUUUUUUAAAAAAAAAAACCAAAGUUUAGAAAGAGAUUUUUGAAAUGCCUAUGGUUCCUUCAAAUGGUAAACUUGAGCAUCUUUCCACUUUCCAGUAGUCAGUGAAAAGCAGUUUGAAUUUUCAUGCCAAUUCCUAUAAAAUACUCACACCUUGGAGCACGGCGCCAUGGACUUCAUCCUCUCGUGGAGUCCUCCUGAAGUGGCUGAUCCAGUGACUUGUGACGCAGGCAGCUGUGUUGCUUGCAUAGAGUUCAUGCUUCAUCCCCAUUUUUCUGUAAAAUGAGCACAGGCCUUCUGAAGAACAGGAAAACCCUAAAACGCCGGUCGUCCAGACAUCUGAGCACCUCCUGGAGGUCAUGGCCUUCUGGAGCGCCAUCUUUAAAGCAAGGGCCUGGGUCCCUCAACCAAGAAGAUUAUUUCCAUCUUCAAGUGAUCUGUACUGCAUGGGGACUGUUGGAGAGAGCAAGGUGGAGUAGUAUUACUUGUAAAAAAAAAAUAAAAAUAAAAAUAAAAACAAUGACCAAUAAUGUUCUAGAGCACUCUGGGAAUCUGGAAAGGCAGGUAUUUCUGAUCCUCCUUUGUCCGGCAGCUUCCCAAAAAUGUGGCCCAGUUGAAGGCCCAAGUGGCCUUUGCUGUGGUCCCACAGGGCAGGAGGGGCAGGGGACCAUGAGAGACAGCCUUUGCAUUCAGAGGCAUUACAAAUAAUGGCAUGGUUCGUCAGGCGACUGCAGAAAAUAGCGUUUUCUAGUUCAACAACUCAAGACAAAGUUUAUUGUUAAGGAUAAGCUCUUUAAAGGCAACAAUUGGUUCUCAUCUCUCACCUUUUGUCCUCCUAGGCGCAAUGUAAAAAAGAAUAAUGAUAUCUAAAUAGGAAAGAUGAAUGGCUUUUGGGGGAGCCCAUCAAGGACACUGGGAACACAUAGAGAAUUGCCGGCGUUUGUUGAACUUGGAGUUGUUCUCAUACUUUUCUUUGUAAUUCACACAUAUAUGCAGAGAAGAUACGUUUUAAUGGAUUGUAACAUUGUAUACAACAUAGCCCAAUUAUAGUAGGAUCUAUACUAGAUAAUCCUAGAUGAAAUGUUAGAGAUGUAGAUGAUAUAACUACGGCCUCAACCAGGGAAAGGAGCUCGUGCCCAGAGGCUGCGCUGCUCUCCUGGAGGCCAAAUCCAAGGAGGUCUGGUGACAUCAGGCACGGGGAGACUCUGCCCUGCCCUCCCGCAGCCCGGGGUAUGAAUGCACGCUGCACAGAGCUCUCCUUGAGAACGCAAAGGGGUCUCAAGACAUUCUGCCUACCUAUUAGCUUUUUCUUUAUUUUUUUAAUUACGUUUUUGGGGAAAAAAGUAUUUUUGAAAAGUUUGUCUUGCAAUGUAUUUAUAAAUAGUAAAUAAAGUUUUUACCAUAAAAAGUAA